UGUGUACAACGUCGUGCAUAUUAUUAUUGAAAAUUCUUUCUCUUUUACGUAAAUUUUUUCAUAAUUGUUCUCUUAAUUUUAUAUAAUUGAGAGAAGAACAGGAUAAUCUUAAGGAAGAAAUUUAGAACGUGUAACAAUGUCGAUAGCCCAAGAUCGACCAGAACUCUAUGAAGAAGUAAAGCUUUAUAAGAAUGCUAGAGAACGAGAAAAGCACGACAACCAAGCCGAUCUAUAUGCAGUUGUGAAUACGUUGCAACAUUUAGAAAAAGCUUACAUCAGAGAUUGCGUAACUCCUAAGGAAUAUACAGCUGCUUGUAGCAAGUUAUUGGUGCAAUACAGAGCAGCUUUCAAACAGGUGCAGAGCGAUCAAUUUCCCACAAUAGACGCAUUUGCUAGGGCAUUUCGAUUAGAUUGUCCAGCUGCACUCGAAAGGAUCAAGGAGGACAGACCAAUUACCAUAAAGGAUGACAAGGGCAAUACCUCUAAAUGCAUUGCAGACAUUGUUUCUUUGUUCAUUACAUUAAUGGAUAAAUUACGACUCGAGAUCAAAGCAAUGGACCAGUUACAUCCAGAUUUAAGAGAUUUAGUAGAUACUAUGAAUCGGCUAAGCAUAUUACCAAGCGAUUUCGAUGGAAAAGAAAAGGUCGCGGAGUGGUUGCAAACACUGAACAAUAUGUCAGCUUCUGACGAAUUAUCAGACACUCAAGUCAGACAACUGAUUUUCGAUUUGGAAACAUCUUACAACGCUUUUAAUAAAAUCCUCCAUAAUUCGUAAUUUUGAUAAUUUGGUUCUACAUUAUAUUAAGACACUCGAUGGAUCAUUUUUUAAACCGAUGGU